AUGAGACAAGUCACCGCACAACGAAAGCCGUUGGCUCGGUUUCCGAUGACCGCGAAGCUUUACCCAGUGAUCACCAAACAACGCGGGAAAGUCAAGGCUCGACCACAGUACGUGAGUGAAGGGCUACUAGAUAAUGUUCUCGAGCGCGUAUCACCCUACCUUCGCCGAAACCCACCGGUAGACAUUCUGGACCUUUGGCCUGGGGGUGGUCUCUGGUCAUCUAAAGUGAAUGAACUUCUUCAACCACGCCGCCAUGUACUUGUUGAACCAAAUCUUCAAUUUCACAAGCUUCUCAUUCCGCUCGCCCAGAGCAAGCCGUGUUAUAAGCUCGUCACCGAUACCAUAUAUGGGAAAUUUGAUUGGCCCGAAUUCUUCGCAUCUCAUCUUCCAGAACAAGGCCCUGAAAACCGACAAAGCUCUGGGAUUAUACCAAAGAAUGAUACACUCCUCAUCCUGGCUAAUCUGCCUGAUGCUACCUCUACGACGGAUCAUUUCAAACCCAGCCGCUGGUUUCUCAGCUUCAUGAAUAGUUGCUUGAAACAAACUGAAUUGAAUUUGUACGGGGCCGUACGAGUCCUUGCCACAAUGCCCUUUAACGAAGUCUCAGAUAUGUUACCGCGGUCCACCAUGGAGCGCACACGAACUGGCGUAUUCGCGGAGACUAUAGGCUUGCACAACAUAGAGCUUGUUAGUCCAGGCGAGAAUGAACGCUCUCAUCAAUGGCGGGGCUGGGAUGACUUAAUCAACAACAGGAAGCUUGUGGCUGAAAGAGCUGCAGCAAAUAACAUUAUCACUCCACCCACCAGAGAGCUUCCUCCUCUUGAGCUGGUGCCACAAAUUGCCCACCGCGGGAGAAAAGAAUUCCCAUAUCAGCCUCGAGUGCAUACUGCACAUCUCAAGAAGCUCUUUGCGGACAUCGCGGAAGCAGAUAAGCUGGGUAUCGAAUCAGGCUUUCACACCACAGACCCUAAAGCCAAAGCAUUAAUUCGAAAGCGAGGAGUAUCACUCACACACCUGAUCAGAGACAAUCAAUUUAGUCACUUCCGCCAAAAGCUGGCCAAUAUAAUACUUGAGCUUGACGAAGUGGGCCGGAAAUUUGCACGUGCGGCUGCGGAUCCCAAGGAGAGUGUUGAGAGUCUGAAGGCCCUGGAAGAUCAUAUGGUAUCUCUCAAAUCGAGCUAUACCACUUUGUGCUCAAGUCUUCAUUUUGUGGUGUUGGAAAAACAUGAACAUUCAAUCGAUGAUUCCCGCUUGGCUAGACUCUCCAACCAUCUCGUUGAUGGCGACCUGGUACAUGACCGACGACCAUUUGAACCCCUAUACAUCCACCCGGAUGAGAUUUAUCCUCGUGGGGGCGGGGGCGAGCGCGGACUCAUAUAUUUCGAAGCAAACCCCAACCCGCCCGCUCUGAAGAAGGUCUUUGACCUACCGAGCCCAAUGAUACAACCAGUCCUCGACCGGUAUUUUGCACUGCUGGCCUUUGUGGGAUUCCGUGGUAAGAUGCCGGUCGCCGAAUUGCUUGAGACGAUUUUCCCGAUGGAGACUAUCAAUAGUCAUGUGCACGAUAUUCCAAGCCUCGCGAACUUUGCCGAAAGACGACUCAAGCCUGGAUGUGGGCCGAUGCCCUUGCCAGAUGGUUCGACGUCGGACCCGGCUUUCACCUACCAGGAGAACAUGGACUAUGAUUUGACUGGUGUUCGACUCCGUACUCUUUCCGCGCAAACCCUGGUGGAUAUUGCGAUCAAAUACGAGAAGCUCUCGGUGAAGCUUUCUAUCGUCGCGUUCAGCCGAGCUCUAGGCGGCACAAUGACCCAGGCCCAGCUAGGGGAGGAGGAGCUUAUGAACUUGAAGAUCAAGUAG